GUGGCUUCGGUUUAGUAAUCAGACCCACAUGAGUCACGCCGAACACGCAGCCCCCUCCCGCCCGAGUGACAACUGGCCAGCGUACUCUUGGCUGUUGUCCCUUUAAAGCUCGAAUCCAAGGGGGUAAUGAUUUAUCAAACUUGUAUUAUCAAGAAAAUGUCAAACGAAGGGCACCUUGCUUUGCGCUGACGCAAACCCGGCCUUUCCCAAGGAGAUAUAGAAAGCGCCACUCUAGCUGGAGCCAAACCUAGUCUUGUCAAUAGGUGGUUUCACUCUCUACCCGUUCAAUCUGUUGCCAGUUUCAGACAUGGAUUGCGGCGCUCCCCAGGAAAUGAAUAAACACCCAGCCAACAGUCUGGAGGCGGCGGUGGCGCCUGGCCACCACGAUGGCCCGUGCGCGCCCAGGACGAGCCCGGAGCAGGAGUUUCCCGCAGCCGCCGCCGCACCGCCGCCGCGUGUGCCCAGGUCCGCUUCCACAGGCGCCCAAACUUUCCAUUCCCCUGACGCUAGAGCCUGCGAGACCGAGCGACCCGGAGUGGGGGCUUGCAAACUCAGUAGUUCGCGGGCGCCGGCGGCCUCGGCGGCUCUGCGGGACUUGAGCGAGGCUCAUAGCGCACAGGCCACCGCUCCUUCUGGGGUCGCCGGGCCCGGCAACGCACUGCACUGUAAGAUUCCAGCCCUGCGCGGCCCAGAGGGGGACGCAAAUGUGAGUGUGGGCAAGGGCACCCUGGAGCGGAACAAUACCCCGGCCGUGGGCUGGGUGAAUAUGAGCCAGAGCACCGUGGUGCUGGGCACGGAUGGAAUCACGUCCGUGCUCCCGGGCAGCGUGGCCACCGCUGCGGCCCAGGAGGACGAGCAAGGGGAUGAGAAUAAGGCCCGAGGGAACUGGUCCAGCAAACUGGACUUCAUCCUGUCCAUGGUGGGGUAUGCAGUGGGGCUGGGCAAUGUCUGGAGGUUUCCCUACCUGGCCUUCCAGAACGGGGGAGGUGCUUUCCUCAUCCCCUACCUGAUGAUGCUGGCUCUGGCGGGGCUGCCCAUCUUCUUCCUAGAGGUGUCCCUGGGCCAGUUUGCCAGCCAGGGGCCAGUGUCUGUGUGGAAGGCCAUCCCAGCCCUACAAGGUUGUGGCAUCGCGAUGCUGAUCAUCUCUGUCCUAAUAGCCAUAUACUACAAUGUGAUUAUCUGCUACACACUUUUCUACCUGUUUGCCUCCUUUGUGUCUGUGCUGCCCUGGGGCUCCUGCAACAACCCUUGGAACACGCCCGAAUGCAAAGAUAAAACCAAACUUUUAUUAGAUUCCUGUGUGAUCAAUGACCAUCCCAAAAUACAGAUCAAGAACUCGACCUUCUGCAUGACUGCCUAUCCCAACUUGACAAUGGUUAACUUCACCAGCCAGGCCAACAAGACGUUUGUCAGUGGGAGCGAAGAGUAUUUCAAGUACUUUGUGUUGAAGAUUUCUGCAGGGAUUGAAUAUCCUGGCGAGAUUAGGUGGCCACUAGCCUUCUGCCUCUUCCUGGCCUGGGUGAUAGUGUACGCGUCCUUGGCAAAAGGAAUCAAGACCUCUGGAAAAGUGGUGUACUUCACGGCCACGUUCCCGUAUGUUGUGCUCGUGAUCCUCCUCAUCCGAGGGGUCACUCUGCCCGGAGCUGGCGCUGGGAUUUGGUACUUCAUCACACCAAAGUGGGAGAAACUCACGGACGCCACGGUGUGGAAAGAUGCUGCCACUCAGAUUUUCUUCUCUCUAUCUGCUGCAUGGGGAGGCCUGAUCACGCUCUCUUCUUACAACAAAUUCCACAACAACUGCUACAGGGACACUCUCAUUGUAACCUGCACCAACAGUGCCACGAGCAUCUUUGCUGGCUUCGUCAUCUUCUCAGUCAUCGGCUUCAUGGCCAAUGAACGCAAGGUCAACAUAGAGAACGUGGCAGACCAAGGGCCAGGCAUUGCAUUCGUGGUGUACCCGGAAGCCUUGACCAGGCUGCCCCUUUCUCCGUUCUGGGCCAUCAUCUUUUUCCUGAUGCUCCUCACUCUUGGACUUGACACCAUGUUCGCCACCAUCGAGACCAUCGUGACCUCCAUCUCAGACGAGUUCCCCAAGUACCUGCGCACACACAAGCCGGUCUUCACUCUGGGAUGCUGCAUUUGUUUCUUCAUCAUGGGCUUUCCAAUGAUCACUCAGGGUGGAAUUUACAUGUUUCAGCUUGUGGACACGUACGCCGCCUCCUAUGCCCUUGUCAUCAUUGCCAUUUUUGAGCUCGUGGGGAUCUCCUAUGUGUACGGCUUGCAGAGGUUCUGCGAAGAUAUCGAGAUGAUGAUUGGAUUUCAGCCAAACAUUUUCUGGAAAGUCUGCUGGGCAUUCGUAACUCCAACCAUUUUAACUUUUAUCCUCUGCUUCAGCUUUUACCAGUGGGAGCCCAUGACCUACGGCUCAUACCGCUACCCUAACUGGUCCAUGGUACUCGGGUGGCUGAUGCUCGCCUGUUCUGUUAUCUGGAUCCCAAUUAUGUUUGUGAUAAAAAUGCAUCUGGCUCCUGGCAGAUUUAUUGAGAGGCUGAAGUUGGUGUGCUCGCCGCAGCCGGACUGGGGCCCCUUCUUAGCUCAGCACCGUGGGGAACGUUACAAGAACAUGAUCGACCCCUUGGGAACCUCUUCCCUGGGACUCAAACUGCCAGUGAAGGAUUUGGAACUGGGCACCCAGUGCUAGUCUGAUGGCACGGGAUAGCCCAGACUCGAUUCUGUUUCUCCUCUCCUCCUUCCCCUACAGUUUUCUCCAGCUUUUGUCCCAUUUUUCUUCUUCCUUCUCCCCACGUCUCGGUUCAUACCCGUGCAUGAGAGUGGUUACGUAGAAAAGUAGGGCAUAGUGUCGCAUGCUGUAGUGAAGAGCUAGCCGGAUCACUCGAAGCGUGGUUUGCCUGUGUCCUUGCUGUCAGCUUCCAGCGUGCUUUACUCUGAAGGCUCAGGUCAACUAGGCGAGCGCUUUCCAGUGAAGUCCCAGGUAGGGAUGCAUGAGUCAGUCAGUAGAGAAGCAUCCUCUGUGGUUGUCACUGGUGGUGCCAGCCAGGCAUAUACACAAUGGCAGGAUCCCAAGACUGUUACUUUGGACUCCUCUGAGCCAUGGGGUGAUUUCAUUCAGACACACCAGGUUCAGGGCAGGGGACAUUUGGAGGGUCGGCAGGGGUCAGAAAGUGUUUUAGAAUAAAAGGAGGCCUGUGGAUUUGGAUACUACCGAGGUGGUGAAGUUCCCAUUUCCAUUCAUGACUGAGGCUCUGUCUCCUUUCUUUGGACCAACUGUCUCAAGAGCAGCAAGGACACAGAUGCGUUAUCUCUGCAAACUGCCAGUCUCAGUGAAGAGUCGGUUCUCUUCUCUCUGUUGUCUUUUUUUUUUUUUUUUUUUUUAAAUAACCGUAUUUGUGAAUUCUUAGAGUCAUUUCCUCCACCUCUGUGCAAGAAGCCAUGGUAUUAUUAUUUGUGCCUAAGGUCGGAAGUUCAUAGCAGGGCGCCCUCCUAGUUUCUCCAUGGCGUCUAGCACAAUGUCAGCGUCAAUGUCGUCAUCCCGUAUUUCUAUGGGCUGUAGAUACCUUGGCUUUCAGCCUUUGGGAAAACAAGACUUACCCUGGUUUGGUAAGGCACAAACUCUUAAAAGACUCUUCUCAGUUUUCACUCUUCACUUUUUCAUUCACAGUAAAUGACGAUUGUGGCCAUAGAAUGGAAGAAAUAGAGUUUGAAGAGAAAGCAGCCAUCACAUUUCUGCACUGAUAGUACAUUUUAGGUCACUGUAUUAACAGAGAUUUCUGAUAAACACAGGUUAGGUAAGUAGCAAGUGAGCCAAUUGAAGCUAUAGCUUUUUAAGACUGCAUUUAGCUAAUUCAGUUUUAGGAGUUCUCAGUUCACAAUACUCACAACCAUACCUUAAUGAGAUCAAAUCAUACGGCUGCAGAGAUCGGUGAAGCCAUCCGUAACCUUUCUUAUCUUCUUGUAUCCUGAACAUGCACAUAUGAGAUUUUAGAAAUGUGGUAUGUAUUUCUGUAGUGUGCACUUGUAGUGGUGUUUUCUGUUCUUAUAAGUAUCUUAUGAAAUCACUGUAGAGAUGGUGAGUAUAGGCUAGUGUAGUCUUUUUUUUUUUUUCCUUUACAGUAAUAAUAUCUAAACCUAAAUUUGUUUCCUUAGGGGAGACCGUUUCAAUCACUUUCUUAUUUGUUUGUCUUCAUGUUACAGGGUCUCAGGCAAAGUUUUCAGUUCAAACCUUGUAUAUUGACGUGACAUUUUCAUCCUGUUCAACAGUAAUGAAACCCAACAACAGACCUUAAAGUAACCCCCCCCCCUUUUUUUUUAAAGUCUUCAUUUGUUAAAGAAAAACAAAACAAAACAAAACUCAUUUCAGUGCGCUGUCCCUUUUCUGGGGCCAAUGUCAUUGUUAUCUGCCAACACCCAUGUGAACUUCCGGUUUUCAAGCAUAGCCCGUAGAAGAAACUUUUAGAAAAGGAAACAGAGAUGGAUUUCUGACUUUAGGUUUUCACCUCUGUUGUCUGCAGGGCAUGUUUGUUCUUCUCCCUCAUUGUUCCCCUUUUCUGCUUACGUCCCAAAGCAAGAACUUAACUAGAAUCUGUCACGGAGACUAAAUCCUGAGCUUCCCCUAGACUUCACUUUAGGAAGCUGAACCCCGGCCUCCUGGUCCCAGUGUUUCCUGGAACGACUUGCCCGCCAUUGACACUGGUUUCCCCAAGAAAGCCAUACUGAAGAGCAGCCCCCACUGCAGUAGCGGAUCCUGCAUGCUUGGUACCAAAAAUCAGCUUCUCUGAUGGAUAACCGAUGGGGUGGGAGAGGAAGGGAGGACUAACUUGGGUUUGGAAAUGAUCUGCAGCCGUUCCAGUUUGAAGGUUGGGGAAAAGAGCUGAAAUCAAUUAGCAUCCUUCCAAGGGACUGGUAGGUUUGUGUCAGGAUGAGUGGUUUUGGCUUUCCUCUCUCGCCUCUUGGCUACAGCUCGAGUCUGAUGCCGGAUGCCAACCCAGUUUCUGUUAAUUGUCGCUGUUGUGAUUAAAAGAAGGGGGGGGGGCGGGGAGCUCACGGAUGCUGCCAGAUUUGUUUUGUACACACUGUGAGCUAACUUAAUUGUGAGAAUGGGGUGAGCCUCACUAGCCCCUGUGCUUUGUACUUGGGGGCAGCGACGUUUGUGUUCAGUAUAAUUUGCUAAGAUCUGGUAGCUGUUCCCUGAGCAGCUGUUUUUUUGUUUGUUUGUUUUUUGUUUUUCCUUUUCCCUGCAACUUUUCAGUUUCAUGUACAGUUUCCUUAAAGAUAGAAGAUUCUGAACUUCUCUGGAAGUGGUUACCUUGUAAAUUUGGUUUUGCCUAUUUCUACGGCUGUGUUCAACUUUUGAGGCUUUCCUUGCCAGAGAUGUGUUCAGUAGCUGAGCUGUUUCCAGUCGUCGCCAAUCUACGCAUGCUGCACCUCCCAGAGACUUGGCUGGGACACUAAGAGCUGAGAUGCAUAUGACCAGAUGGAUGUUUCCCUGCUAUUAAAAUGCACAGUCAAGUGGAAGGGAAAAAAAAAAAUGAACAGCUUUGUCAUAAACUGCCAUUUGAGUGUUCCCCUUCAAACUGAGGCAAAACCUGAGUUAACUGGAGAAAGACUUUCAUUGGUUCACUGUGCAGAAUGGUGGGGUAUUUUCCCCUUGUGAGAUUAUUUCCUAAUACCAACAAAUGCCAGAAACCCAUUCUGAGAAAAAAAAGCCAUAUGUUAAAAACAGUAACCCUGUAAUAUCCUUAAAAGAGAAAAAAAAUGUAUAUGUCUUAACUAUUGGUCUUGUGGCUUCUUAUGCUAAUAUUCGUCUUGUGUCUUAGUGACUUUGAAUCUCUUUAAGGCUGUGUGUUUGUCAUGUGCAAAUGUGUCCAGUGUGGUCUUUUUUUCUCUUUUUCUUUUAUAUUUGUUUAUUGCAUGAAAUCUGUGGUCAAUGCAAACUCUUGACGGCCUCAAUGUCUGAAAUUUCCAAUGUCUAUGUAAUAUGUCAGAAAUGGGAUCAGCUUGUUUUUCAGUGAGUGGCACUGGAAAGGGACAUUUAACACAUGACCUGGAAAUGGAUAAGACUUGGGUUGUCUUUGCUAAUGUUGCACUGGAGUUAAGUUUUCCUUUCAUUAAGCUCUAAUUCUGUUAUCUACGUGUGCCUCAGUGCUUCCUGAUAAUCUUCACCUGUCAGCCUGGUUUUCCCAUGCCUAAAAUUAAGAUGUUUUUCUUCCCUCUUUGUUCCCUUGGCCAUCGGUCAUCAUUCUCUUCCCAGAGACUUGCACAUUAACUGUUGCUUAAUGUAAGUGUGAUGGCAAGGUCAUACCACUGCUGCACUUGGAUUUGGGUCUGUGACAUGCUCGGGUGAGGGCAUGCUGGGUGGUAGGUUAUCUUGCAGAGGAAAAAGGCUGAGGCCAAAGAAUGCACAGCACCUCUGUUUCAUACUGGGUAUCAUGCAGAAAACCUCCAGGCUGGGAGCAAAAGUUUGGGUGAUUUAAUCUUGACACUAACUGCUCUGCCAAGUGGCCCUAGGAUUUGCAAAAGUGAAGCUUCCUACCUUUCCUGGAUUUCGUUUCAACUGUACAGAAAGCCCAAGUAAGUUUGAAUUGUGGUCCCUGCUUGGGUCACCUCUGAACAGCCUGCAGCCAAAGAGAAAGUGUUUUCAGAUGGGGCGCUUGUCAUCUCUGAAGAGCAAGCAGUGGUUUGAUUUGCCUGUCAUGGAUUAAAUACAUCUUCAGGUAACCAUUUGCCUUAUAGGUGUAUUUUAUUGUUAGGAUGAGACUUAGUACCUAACUAGGAACUGUUUUGUCUCUCAUCUUUUGAUCUUCUUUUGCACUUUAUAUGGACCUAUCAUGGCAUAGGUUUAUUCUUAAAUUGUGUACUUGGCUAAUGCCCUAAAUGCAGGCAUCUUAUGUGGUCCUGUCGCCUAUGAAUAAAGAUAGUUCCCUAAUCAGGUCCUUAUAUUUUUUCAUUAACUGUACAUGAAGAAAGUAUAUUAUGUUAUAAAUGAUGCAUCAUAUAUAUAUCUUAUAGAGUACAUAUUAUAUAUCGUGCAUUAUUCAUUUAAGAAAUCAUUAUUCUUGAGGCCCUACCUCAGAUUUUGUAUUUAUGUGUACAAAUGCAAUUUAUGGUAUUAUAUAUUUGCCUAUUAUAUACUGAUAUAAAUUAGAAUUUAUCCUACUAAUGUAUGAGUUCACAAAACCCCAAAUAAAUGUCAGUGUUUAAAACGUGAUAAUUACAGAAUUGUGUCUCUUUUAAACCCAUUACCCACAUUCUU